AUGAAUGAAUUAAGACGCGAAUUUUAUAUUCCGCAAGGCGUACUAUCCGCUACGGUGUUUAUGAGUGGUAUGGGUUACGGUAUAUUACAUGUCAACGGUGUAAACGUUGAUUCCUCGCGGCGUUUCGAUCCCGGAUGGACCACAUACACGCAACGCGUCCUGUACGUUUCGUACGAUAUAACUCAGUUUUUGACAGGCCCAUCCACGAACUGCAUCGGUGUACAAUUAGGACUUGGAUUUUACACGAACGAACAAUGGGGCGGAGGAGUUCCCGCACCACCACCAGAAGUAUUUGGUCCACCACCUCGACUGCUCCUACAAGUCAACAUUGUACUUAGCGAUCAUACAACGAUGAAUAUUAGCACCGAUACAACAUGGCUCGGUCGCGAAGGUCCCCAUCGCAAAGAUAGUGUGUGA